GCUUCAUUGUUUACUAGAGCUAUUAGCAGGGAGGCUCACUGGGCUCAGUUCCUCAUUUGUGAACAGAAAAACCUUGACUGGUGGUUUUGCUCUCACCGCUCGGCUCUCCAUCCUGUGUGUCUUCCAUCCUGCUGGGGGCCCCAGCAGAAGAACCUGGUUCUCUACUUUGUACCAGUCUGGAGUCUGAAAGUCCAAUAGUAAGAGAGAUAAGAUGGGAUCAGUAGUGUCCUACAUUGGUCAUUUGUGUGGGCAGCAGAAAAAGCAAGAGGUGGAGAGACACUUGCGAGCCAAUGACAGAACCUUCAACCUUUCUUACCACUAUGCUACAUCCAAAUACAUCUUCACUUUUCUGCCAAUUAACCUUUUUGAACAGUUCAGGAGGCUCGCUAACUGCUUCUUCCUCUUCCUGUUUACCCUUCAGCUCAUCCCACAAAUCUCCUCGCUCGCCCGGUUUACCACAGCUGCCCUUCUCAUUUUGGUGCUGUCCAUAACGGUCAAAGAUGCCACAGAUGACAUAAACAGACACAAAAGUGACAACGAAGUGAAUAACCGUGAAGUGAGCAUCCUCGUUGAUGGAGAAUUUAGAACUGAAAAAUGGAUGAAUGUUCAGAUUGGAGAUGCCAUUAAACUGGAAAAUAAUCAGUUUGUCACAGCAGACCUUCUUUUGCUCUCCAGUAGUGAGCCUCUCAAUGUGGUUUAUGUUAAAACAGCAGAAAUAGAUGGUGAAACCAAUCUGAAGGUGAAACAGGCCCUGACUGUAACUGGAAGGAUGGGAGACAGCACCGAAGCACUGGCCAGGUUUAAUGGGGAAAUAAAAUGUGAGCCUCCAAACAAUCGUCUGGAAAUUUUUAAAGGGACACUGACAGUGGAUGGACAAAUGUACUCUUUGGAUAACGGCAGAGGGCUUCUACGUGGAUGCACUCUGAGAAACACAGAGUGGUGCUUUGGACUGGUUAUCUUUGGAGGUCCAGACACGAAGCUGAUGCAGAACAGCGGAAAGACGACAUUCAAAAGGACUAGCAUUGAUCACCUCAUGAAUAAUUUGGUGCUUUGUAUUUUUGUUUCCCUGUUGUCCAUGUGCUCCGUUCUGGCCAUUGGUCAUGGAGUCUGGGAGAUGAAGGAGGGCUCAGUUUUUACUGUGUUCCUCCCUCCAGAAACUGACAUUGAUGCUCCUCUCUCAUCAUUCCUCUGCUUCUGGUCUUAUGUGAUCCUCCUUAACACGGUGGUGCCCAUGUCUCUCUUUGUCAGCAUGGAGGCCAUUCGCCUGGUGAAUAGUUACUAUAUUGACUGGGACAGGAAGAUGUAUUACCCCAAGAGUGAUACUCCUGCUCAGGCGAGGACCACCACUCUGAAUGAGGAGCUGGGUCAGAUCAAAUACAUCUUCAGCGAUAAGACUGGUACCCUGACAUGUAACAUCAUGACAUUCAAUAAGUGCUCGAUCAAUGGCAAAAGUAAUACACCAAGGGUGGACUUCUCGUGGAACCAGCUAGCCGAUCCAAAGUUCAUUUUUCACGACCAUAACUUGGAGGCUCAGGCCUUCUUCCGUUUGUUGGCUCUUUUCCUCCAAGGGGCGCUUUAUUACCAGGCGCAGUCUCCUGAUGAAGGUGCUCUGGUCACCGCUGCGAGAAACUUUGGAUUUGUGUUCCACUCACGCACACCGGAAACCAUCACAGUCGUGGAGAUGGAGAAACUGGUCAUCUAUGAACUUUUGGCUGUUUUAGACUUCAAUAAUGUGCGCAAGAGGAUGUCAGCCAUAGUGCGUAACCCCGAAGGGAAGUUGACUCUAUACUGUAAAGGAGCAGACACCAUAAUUUUUGAGAGACUCCACACGUCCUGUAACACACUGAUGGGCGUCACCACCGGACACCUCAAUGAAUAUGCAUGUGAUGGUCUCCGCACUUUAGUUUUGGCUUACAAGGAUUUGGACGAGAGCUACGUAAAGGAGUGGAUGCAGUGUCACCAUGAGGCCAGCACCAUCAUUGAAGAAAGAGACGAGAAACUUGAUAAGCUGUAUGAAGAGAUGGAGAAAGACUUGUUGCUGCCGGGAGCAACGGCUGUAGAAGACAAGUUGCAGGAUGGUGUCCCACAGACAAUAGAGCAGCUGGCCAAAGCUGACAUCAAAAUUUGGGUGUUGACCGGUGAUAAACAAGAGACUGCAGAGAAUAUUGGCUAUUCCUGCAAUAUGCUGCAAGAGGAGAUGGACGUGUUCGUCGUGUCGGCAAAUACAGCAGAAGGAGUCAAAGAGGAGCUUCAGUAUGUUCUAAAUCUCAAGUUGUUGCAUGAAUUGAUUGUAUUGAGCAUGCAACCACUACAUUAUUCUGUGUUUCGGAGUGCGAGAAAGAAAAUGUGUCCAGGGGCAGCAGAGGAACCAAAUGUGACCAAAGCUCGUGCAGGCCUCUUGUGGUUGUGGAAAACAGAAACUGCUCAUGAUGACAAAGUUGAUGGAAAAAAUGCCCUUGUUAUAAAUGGACACAGUCUGGCGUUUUCCUUGGGGAAAGGUUUGGAGUUGGAACUGUUGAGGACAGCAUGUAUGUGUCAAACUGUGAUUUGCUGUAGGGUCACUCCACUACAGAAAGCCCAAGUUGUUAAGUUGGUCAAGAAAUACAAACAGGCGGUCACGCUGGCCAUUGGGGAUGGUGCAAAUGAUGUCAGCAUGAUCAAGGCUGCACAUAUCGGUGUUGGUAUAAGUGGUCAGGAGGGCAUCCAAGCUGUUCUGUCCAGCGACUUCUCCUUUGCCCAGUUUCGCUAUCUACAGCGUCUCUUGCUGGUGCACGAGCGCUGGUUGUAUCUGCGCAUGUCCAAGUUUCUACAAUAUUUCUUUUACAAGAACUUCACCUUCACCUUUGUGCAUGUCUGGUAUGCCUUCUUCUGCGGGUUCUCAGCACAGACUGUUUAUGACCAGUGGUUCGUCAGCAUGUACAAUGUAGUGUACACAGUCCUCCCCGUCCUUGGCAUGAGUCUCUUUGACCAGGAAGUGAAUGACCGCAGGAGUUCCCAGUAUCCUCAGCUCUACUCACCGGGGCCUCUGAACAUUUACUUCAAUAAGAAAGCAAUGGUGUGCUGUAUGAUCCACAGCUGCUACAGCUCCCUCAUUGUCUUCUUCAUCCCGUGGGCGGCCAUGCACGACACAGUCGCAGACGACGGAAAAGACACUGCAGAUUAUCAAUCCUUUGCUUUAGUGGUGCAGACGUGUCUGCACCACUAAACACACUUCUCAUUGUCGUCAACAUCCAGGUGAGAAGUGCAGAAUGUAAGGGGUCCUUUUGUAUUAACAAAGCAUCUGCUACUUAGGUUCCGAAGAGAUUGCAAGGCUCUAUUUAAAUCACAAAUCUCAACUAUUAUUAUUAUUUUUAAAACAAUCUAAGAUUAUGGUCACAUAUUUUCUUAUUUGGUGUCUUCCGUGCGGCAUGGUGGCCGACUGGUUAGCACAUCUGCCUCACAGUUCUGCGGACUGGGGUUCCAAUCCCGGCCCCGUCUGCGUAGAGUUUGCAUGUUCUCCCCGUGCCUGCGUGGGUUUUCUCCGGGUACUCCGGUUUCCUCCCACAUCCCAAAAACAUGCAGGGUAGGUUAAUUGAAGACUCUAAAUUGCUCGUAGGUGCGAAUGGUUGUUUGUUUGUAUGUGCCCUACGAUUGGCUGGCGACCAGUUCAGGGUGUACCCCGCCUCUCGCCCGAAGAUAGCUGGGAUAGGCUCCAGCACGCCUGCGACCCUAUUGAGGGUAAGCUGUUAACACAUUUGAAAGUAUGUACAAAAACUUGCCAUUUUGGAAAUGAAUGUUUGCCCUGCGAUUGUAAAUACUUCAACAUGUUUGUAUUCUCCUUACAAUACAAAGUAAAAAUUCAUAUGUGCUGUAAUAAAUAUUUACUUGAUAGUAUUUAUUUAUUGUUUUUUAAUGUUUCAGCUCUGUCUGUUUCACUCAUUACUGGACAGCUGUCAACCAGUCCUUUAUGUGGGGCAGCCUGGUACUUCCUGUUGAUGUCCUGUUGAUUCCUGUUUAAACGUCCUCUAAAGAGUCGGAACACAUUGUUUAAACAAACAAACUCUCCUCUGGCCCAGAACCAGCCACAACUCUACCGCGCCAUCACAGGGGAGUCAGAGCAACAACCACGGUAUCACUAGUUAAAAGGUAGCAGUUCAAUGAAGCCAUGUUCCAGUGGCAAGGUAAAAACUGUAUAGGCAGUAGACUUCAAUGAUAAUAUUUUCUCUCUUUUCUUAUGCUGGUAUUUACGCUGAAUGCCAUGACUUAAUUAUCACUCCCUACCAACAAGUAUUGCAAUCAAGCCAUGCAUAUCAAGUAAAAUCAAAUUUAACAUAUACAGUACUUCCAUGUAUAUAAAUGUAUUGUAGUUCAUAACAGCUACUGUAUUUCAAAUCAGUUGUGACAUAUUUCACCUCUUCAGCCAGUA